AUGACUAGGGGGGCAGCCUCUCUCCCAGGGAGAGACGGGAUGGUGCUGGCCUGCUGCAAGGCCCAGGUCUGCUGCUGCUGCGGCCCGGCUCCUUGCGGCCUGUGCUGCCCCUGCUGCCCCAGCAUCAAGGUGUCAACGGGCACCCGGCUCCUGUACAUGCUCUUCCACAUCUUGGCCUGUGCCAGCUGCUGCUUCAUGCUCUCCCACACUGCGGCGGAAGCCAUCAAGGAGAACGUGCCUUUUUACGCAGUGCUGUGUGAGCACCUCCCUGGGGGCACGGACUGUGACAUCCUGGUGGGCUACUCGGCUGUCUACAGAGUCUGCUUUGGCACUGCCUGCUUCUACCUGGCUCAGGCGGCCUUCCUGCUCAACGUCAGGUCCAGCAGAAACCUCCGGGCUUUGCUGCACAACGGGUUCUGGUUCCUGAAACUCCUCAUUCUGGUGGGGCUUUGUGCAGCAGCUUUCUUCAUUCCCGACCAGCGCUUCAUCCGAGCCUGGCACUUCGUGGGCGUCUGUGGAGGCUUUGCCUUCAUCCUAGUCCAGUUGGUGCUGAUCACAGCCUUUGCCCACACCUGGAACAAAAACUGGGUCAGCGGAGCCGCCAAAGACAAACGCUGGUACCUGGCCGUGUUCCUGGCCACGCUGGGCUUUUACACCGUGGCUUCCAUGGCCUACACCGUCCUGUACAAAUUCUACACCCACCCAGGAGGCUGUGUCCUCAACAAGGGGCUGCUGGUGCUCAACGGAUGCCUGUGCCUCCUCAUGUCCUUCAUGUCCAUCACGCCCUGUGUCCGCCUGCGUCAGCCAAGGUCCAGCCCCCUGCAGGCCUCCAUCAUCUGCUGCUAUGUCAUGUACCUGACCUUCUCGGCCCUGUCCAGCCGGCCACCAGAGAAAGUGCAGUACAAGGGGCAAAAUCUUACCAUUUGCUUUCCCAGCGUUAGCAAGGAUGGAAUGCAGACGGAAGACACCACAGUUGCUGUGCUGGGGGCAAGCGUCAUGUAUGCCUGCGUCCUCUUUGCCUGCAAUGAAGCAUCCCUGCUGGCGGAGAUGUUUGGGCCCUUGUGGAUGUUCAAGGUCUACAGCUUUGAGUUUCAGAAUCCCUCCUGUUGUUUCUGCUGCCCAGAGAAGAUGGAGGAGGAGCUGGCAGGACAACGACUUGGCCGGGAGGAGCCCUUUGGGGGGCAGCAGAUUGUCAACAAUGAGCACGACCACGUGGUCUACAGCUACUCCACCUUCCACUUUGUCUUCUUCCUGGCAUCGCUGUACGGCAUGAUGACCCUCACCAACUGGUUCAGCUAUGAGAAUGCUGAGCUGGAGACCACGUUCACCCACGGCAGCUGGUCCACCUUCUGGGUUAAGGUAGCUUCUGGCUGGGCCUGUGUCCUGCUCUACAUCUGGCUUCUGCUGGGCCCACUAUGCCUACCAGACUCGCGCCAGCACAACCGGCCCCUGCUGCGCAUGAUACGGCGGAGGCGCGCACUUCACCGCGUUAGUGUUGCUACGUAACCUCCAGUCUGUUGCCUUUGCCACAGCUCGCCAUAGGCCCAGCCAUCGCUGGG